AUGGCGAUGCUUCUCAACAAUCUAUAUGGACAUCUUGUUAGCUUAACCGUUUGGUUGAUUGCCGUUUGUGGAAGUGUUGAUUGUCUUUUACCAAGCAUCAACCCUCAUGCAUUUGCGCGGAAUGAGGUGGUACCGAUUGAGGUUAAUGUUCUGACGUCACUCAGAACCCACUUACCGUAUGACUACUACAAAGCCCUUCCGACAUGCCGCCCAAAGGAACCUAUCUCAAAGAAAUCAAACAAUAUUGGAGGUUCCCUUAUGGGCGAUCGGAUUAAGACAUCUCCUUAUGAAAACAUCCGUUUGCUCAGCAACGUCAGCUGCAGCGUUGUCUGUGAAAAAGGGGUGGACAAAGAUAAGCAGACGAGGUUCCUUAAGAAGGCCAUUGAGAAAAAUUACCGUAUUAACCUUCUCAUGGACGGUCUUCCUCUUGCCGAGGCGAGUGGGAACAAUAAUUUUGUAAUGGGAGUUCCACUCGGUUUUAUGCGCGAUGGGAGAAGUUACGUUAACAACCACAUACAUUUUACUAUCAGUUAUACGCCAGACAACGUUAAACAAAAUGGAGGCGAAGAAAAGUACCGUAUUUUGACAUUUGUUGCUGAGGCUUCUUCUGUAGCGCACAAAUCUGAAGCGCCUUGUGCACAACCGCUCGACGGUCACCUUGCAUCUAACAUAGCGCCACUCCCAGCGGAUACCGACCGGAUCAUAUGGAGCUAUGGCGUUUCGUGGAUCGAGAGUAAAGAAAAAUGGUCUACUAGGUGGGAUAUUUAUUUAAGUGUUCACAAGGAAAAAAACCACUGGUACUCCAUUAUGAACUCUACUUUACUCGUCAUCUUUCUCACAAUCGUUAUUGCUGUCUUGCUGGUCCGUAUCGUUCGCCGCGACCUGGGCAAGUUAGCCGAUGUGGACAUAGAUGAAACGGAAUAUUUAGAUGACAUAGGCUGGAAGUUACUGUGUCGCGAUGUUUUUCGGCCGCCACCCAAUGGGUGGCUUCUUGCGUGCUUUACCGGCGCUGGUGUACAACUAUUAGGUAUGUCGUUCACCGUCGUCGUGUUUGCCACCAUGGGCUUUUUCUCCCCACAAAACCGCGGCAGCCUUUUCACAGCACUCCUCGUUUGCUUUGCUCUCCUUGGUGUUACUGGUGGGUAUGUUUCAGCGCGUCUGCUGAAACUAUGGAAUAGAACAAAGUGGAUGUAUGUUUUUCUUACCGGGACCAUUGUACCGGCGUCAUCAUUUGCCAUAUUUUUUGUGGUAAACCUACUCGUUUGGUCUCAGUCGAGUAGUGCCGCCGUUCCGUUUUCUUCAGUUGUUUUGGUGGUAUGUAUCUGGUUCUUUGUCAGUCUCCCACUAGUGUACUUCGGUGCUGUGUUGGGAUUCAAACAGGGAACCAUAUCCGUUCCAUCAAAUUACAACCAGAUUCCGCGCCACAUACCCGCCCAGCCUUGGUAUUCGUCAACACUGGCAGUUUUAUCAGCAGGCGUCCCGCCUUUUGCUGCCGUUUUUUUCGAGACUUAUUUUAUUUUGGGUGCAAUCUGGCUGAACAGAUUUUACUAUAUUUUCGGCUUCCUCUUCCUAGUUGGCGUUCUAUUUGUCAUUAUUACCGCAGAGACCGCGAUAGUUUUUAUUUACUAUUCUCUUUGUGCAGAGGAUCACCGUUGGUGGUGGAAGUCGUUUUUCAUUGGAUCAAGCUCAGGGUUGUACCUGUUCCUCUACACUCUCUACUACGCCACGGAGGGAAGUGUGAAAAUAGAGGGCAUGGUUCCCACAGUUUUGUAUGUCGGUUAUAUGGGUUUACUAAGUUUUCUCUUUUCGGUAGCAGCUGGAUCUGUAGGCUUCUUGGCCUGUUUUUUGUUUGUUCGAUGGAUAUAUCGUUAUGGAAAGGCCGACUAA